CCCUCGGAUCUGUGGAGUUUCUUUGUUGAAGGAGCCAGCAUGGGUGCCCAGUUCUCCAAGACCGCCGCGAAGGGAGAAGCCGCCGCCGAGAGGCCCGGGGAGGCGGCCGUGGCCUCGUCGCCUUCCAAAGCCAACGGGCAGGAGAACGGCCACGUGAAGGUGAACGGCGACGCGUCGCCCGCGGCCGCUGAGCCGGGCGCCAAGGAGGAGCUGCAGGCCAAUGGCAGCGCCCCGGCCGCCGACAAGGAGGAGCCCGCGGCCUCGGGCAGCGGGGCGGCGGCGUCGCCCGCCGCGGCCGAGAAAGAGGAGCCCUCGGCUGCCGCCGCCGCCCCGGAGGCCGGGGCCGGGGCCAGCCCCGCCGACAAGGAGGCCCCCGCGGAGGGCGAGGCCGCCGAGCCCGGCUCGCCCUCGGCCGCCGAGGGGGAAGCGGCGUCGGCCGCCUCCUCCACGUCGUCGCCCAAAGCCGAGGACGGCGCCACGCCCUCGCCCAGCAACGAGACCCCGAAAAAAAAAAAGAAGCGCUUCUCCUUCAAGAAGUCUUUCAAGCUGAGCGGCUUCUCCUUCAAGAAGAACAAGAAGGAGGCGGGCGAGGGCGCUGAGUCCGAGGGCGCGGCCGGCGCCUCCGCCACCGACGGGGGCAAGGACGAGGCGGCGGCGGGGGGCGCCGAGGCGGGCGCGGCGGCGGGGGAGCCGGCGGGGGCGCCGGGCGAGGAGGCGGCGGCGGCGGCCGCGGGCGAGGAGGGGGCGGCGGCGGGCGGCGACCCGCAGGAGGCCAAGCCCGAGGAGGCCGCGGCUGCCGCCGUCGCCGCCGAGAAGCCGGCGGCCAGCAGCGAGGAGGCCAAGGCCGCGGAGGAGCCCGCCAAGGCCGCGGAGAAGGCGGAGGAGGCCGCGGCCUGCGAGGCGCCCUCGGCCGCGGGCCCCGGCGCGGCCCCGGAGCGGGAGGCGGCCCCCGCGGAGGAGGCGGCCGCGGCCGGCGCGGCCUCGGCGGCCAGCGCAGCCCCGUCCCUGGAGGCCCAGCCCGAGUGCAGUCCGGAGGCCCCCCCGGCGGAGGCGGCAGAGUAAAAAUAAAAAUAAAAAAGGGCAGGAUUUUUUCUGAGAUAAUGGAAGAACUUUUCUCCUCCCCCCCCUGUUUGUUUGUUGGAGUGGUGCCAGGUACUGGUUUUGGAAGAACUUGUCUACAACCAGGGAUUGAUUUUAAAAGAUGUCAUUUUUGUUUUGUUUUUCCUUUUUUUGUUUUUGUUUUUUUUAAAAGCAGCCAAUUUUGGUUUUUUUUCUCCCCCCUCCCCACAGAUCCCAUCUCAAAGCAUUCUGUCGCCACCAUUCCAACAGGUCGAGGAGAGCUUACCACACCUUCCUCUGCCUUGUUUCUCUCUUUUUUAAAUUUUUUUUUUAUUUUUGCAUCAGUAUUAAUGUCUUUUGCAUACUUUGCAUCUUUUUUAUUCAAAAAAUGUAAACUUUCUUUGUCAAUCUAUGGACAUGCCCAUAUAUGAAGGAGAUGGGUGGGUCAAAAAGGGAUAGAUAUCCGAUGAAGUGAUAGGGGCCCAAUGGGGAAAUGUCAGUGGUGCAUAGCAUUGCCAAGACACUGUGCCACUACAGAUGAUGGUGUAAAGGCUUAGGGUUUUUUGUUUUUGUUUUCUUUUUCUUUUUUUUAAGAAAAGUUAUUAGGAUGUAUUUUGUGAGGCAAGUUUACAACACUACAAGUCUUGACUAAGGAAAGAGAAAACACCAAUACUCAGAUUUUUAAAAAAGAUUAUAGUCUUAGGCGUUCAUUUAAACCAUAGGAACUUUUCACUUAUCUCAUGUUAGCUGUACCAGUCAGUGAUUAAGUAGAACUACAAGUUGUAUAGGCUUAUUGUUUAUUGCUGGUUUAUGACCUUAAUAAAGUGUAAUUAUGUAUUACCAGCAGGGUGUUUUUAACUGUGACUAUUGUAUAAAAACAAAUCUUGAUAUCCCAGAAGCACAUGAAGUUUGCAACUUUCCACCCUGCCCAUUUUUGUAAAACUGCAGUCAUCUUGGACCUUUUAAACACAAAUUUUAAACUCAAAACAAAGCUGUGAUAAGUGGAAUGGUUACUGUUUAUACUGUGGUAUGUUUUUGAUUACAGCAGACAAUGCUUUCUUUUCCAGUCGUCUUUGAGAAUAAAGGAAAAAAAAAACCUUCAGAUGCAAUGGUUUUGUGUAGCAUCUUGUCUAUCAUGUUUUGUAAAUACUGGAGAAGCUUUGACCAAUUUGACUUAGAGAUGGAAUGUAACUUUGCUUACAAAAAUUGCUAUUAAACUCCUGCUUAAGGUGUUCUAAUUUUCUGUGAGCACACUAAAAGCAAAAAAUAAAUGUGAAUAAAAUGUA